CGUCAUCAACAGCGGGCUUUGUUUAGGAAAUUAUGCACGUGUGUGGAAUUGGAUCGAAAACUGUCAAACGGUGAAAUAAUCACCCGUAGAAGAAGCGAAAUGACAAGAAAAUGAUUACUCAGUGGUUAUUUUCAGCAUUCGGUGUUGACAAUCCUGGCUAUGGCUGUAUAUUUAUGAGGCGCUGUCAUUGCUAACUAACACCCUGAAUUGUAAUUAGGUCUCUCAGGUUAGCUUAGAUGCUCGUUAAUGGCUGUCUUCACCGCUUUAAAAUCUGCAUCUAGUCGUUUCUUUACACCGUGUCGGUUACGAAUCUGGGAGCUUGCCCUCUGCAAACGGGUAACAUGGCUCUUCCUCUCUGUCCAGCGAUAUAACUUGUCGAACACUUCAGAUUCCUCAAUUUAUAAUCCUACUUCUGGACUUGAGAGGUACAAGGACUUACAGAGAUAUUUCAACAGGAAACUGAAGGCAACAUAUCAGAGGUUCUCUAAAACACAUAAUUAUUCACUGGUCUAUGGAAGGUGCCAUGAGUAUUUCAUUGAUGGCGACGGCAUCUACAGAAUCGACAAAAGACAGAAUGAGCAAAAACCAGAGCAGGUGCUAGAUCUGGGACAGUUCUCACAAUGGGGAGGAGGACCAGAAAGGGAGCAACGAGUUCAGUGGCACAUCCAGAGAAUGCGUUUAUCCCCACAGGAGAAGUAUCUUGCAGCCACAGUGAAGACUUGUCUCAGAGAGGAGCCAAGAUGUGUGAUCGUAAAGCUUGAAGAAGGAAAUUUCCUGUCUCUUGAUCACCCACAUGUCACACUGACACUGGACAAUGUUUAUAGCUUUGAGUGGGCAACAGAUGAUGUCUUGUUUUACACAACUCUGGAGCGUCUGCGAUGCAGCAAAGUGUUUCGCUUGGACCUGACCCACAGUGGAAGCAGGAUCACCUCAGUGUUUGAGGAGCCACAGCCUGAUGUGUUUGUGGAGGUUGCCCUUUCUAGAGAUCAACAGAUUCUAAGCAUCAACUGCAACAGCAGGACCAGUUCAGAGGUGCUGCUAAUUGAUAAAACUACACAGAGUUUAGAACCGCGCCUGAUUCAGCCACGUCAGCAUGAACUUCUGUACCACGUUGAGCACUGGAAAGGCCGGCUGAUCAUACUGACCAACACAGGCCCUCGGAAAGAAUAUCAGGUGGUGCAGGCUCCUCUUUCAGAGCCGUCCAUUGUGUCCUGGGUGCCUUUGUUUGUUCCUGCUGCUGGUACUGCAGUCAGAGACAUGGACGUGGUUGGAGACUACUGUGUGUUGACUGUAAGAACCCCAGCUGGCAAAACAGUCCUGAAUGUGAUCCCCCUGACCCAGUCAAAAGAAGUAUACUCUAUACAGCUCCCCUCCUGGGCCUGUGCUAUUGAAACAAACAAACUAGGCUUAGCAGAGGAGCACAGUGUGCUGGAGUUCCUGAUCUCAUCCCCAGUUCACCCCCCAGUUCAGUGCUGUCUGUACCCUGAGGAUGGGUUUGUUUUAUCAGGCACAGAGGACGGGAGCUUCCCAGAGAUGCAAGGCAAUUUUAUCACCUCACACUUGGAUGCUCGCAGUAAAGAUGGUACCUUGGUGCCUGUGACUCUGUUUCAUGCAGCACCUACGGAGUGUUUGAAUAAAGCACCACUCCUUGUCCAUGUUUAUGGAGCUUACGGCAGGGAUCUUAAUAUGGAAUUCUCCCCAGAAAAAAGGCUGCUGUUGGAGCAGGGAUGGGCUCUGGCCUACUGUCACAUCAGGGGUGGAGGAGAGCGGGGUCUUUCUUGGUACAGACAGGCUUGUUCUGAGGGGAAACACAGAGGGGUAGAGGAUCUGGCAGCCUGUCUCCUCCACCUCUUCACUUCAGGGGUCUCCUCACCCUCACUCACUGCUCUGACUGCCUGCAGUGCUGGGGCUGUGCCAGUAGGGGCGAUGUGCAACAGGCACCCGCACAUGGUGAAGGCCGUCACACUGCAAGCUCCUUUCUUGGAUGUGUUGGGAACGAUGGAAGAUCCCAACCUGCCUCUCACCCUGGAGGACAGAGAGGAAUGGGGGGAUCCAGUAGGAAAUCCAUCUCACAGACGAGCCAUUUCCUCCUACUGUCCUGUUCACAACAUUACUCCUCAGAAGUACCCGUCCAUGUUGCUGACAGCUUACAGCGGUGAUACCAGAGCGCCUUUGACUGGGAUCAUCAGAUACACUGAGAAGAUACAAACAGCCAUUCACGCUCACUUCUCUAUGCACCAAAUAUCAGAGAGUGAACGAGCACCAAACAUCGUUCUGAAUGUCCGGCCUGGAGCAAAUCACCUCGGGCCAGAAGACUUUGAUGUGAUGGUGGAGGAGGCUGCCUUUGAACUGGCUUUUCUAUAUACAGAGCUGGACCUGGACCUGCCUCGGAUUCCACGUAAGAGGAAAAGAUAGCCAUGUCAUCAAGAGUUAAAUGCCAGUCAACCAAACUUCUACAGUUCCAACAUUACAG